GUGUCAAAAACACAUGAUUAUUUCUGAAUGUUUCAGAUUGUCGCGUGUAUAUAAACAAAAAUUGUCGACUACAGGCGUGCUUAAAAUCGCUUUUCGCAAUGAAUUUAUUGCAUCAACACCAGACGCGCCGAUAACAAACAAAGAUUACCGCCGACAUGUUAUCCCAGCCACGACAUAAUUGGGCGUUUACAUAUUAUGCCAGUUUGUUGCUGAACAUUAUUCAACACAAUUGAAAAAUGACUCACUUUAAUAACAGUGAAGCCGUGGCGCAGUAACACAAAGUAUGUCGCUGCAGGAAGAUAACAGCGCGAAACAUCAGCAAUUGUUGCGCGAUCUCAAGACGACUGUUGAAGGGUUGCUUAAUAGCCAAGCAACCUACCUGUGGAACAUUUAUGGGGGUCUCAAUAGACUACAUGUUGAUUUAGAGAAGAUAUUCAAACACGGGUGUCGUGGAACAGAUGUAAAUAGUUGGGAUUAUUGGCCAUUUAUCCAAGGUUUAGAAUGGCUCCAACCAGAUGUAAUGAAUACUUCUUUCAGCAUUGAAUCAGAAUGCAAAAAUAAUCUCCCGUCACAUGUGAAAAACGACCGAGCAUCAAUCUGGCUCUACCGAAAUAUAGAAAAUCACUCUCUAUCGCAAAAACUAUGCUGGUUGCUCUCUGAUAAGAACCACGUUCAACAAUGUUACAGAGAACACGCUUUUCUCUGCAGCACAGAAUAUGCUGAAGCCACUCUAUACUGUCUCAAAGCAGUAGAACUGAACCAACCCAGCCUUAUAUCUGAAAUAAAACCCAAAUUAUUCGUAGCAAAGAAUAGUAAUUAUCACCGCGUGCAUCGCAGGUGUUCGUCUUUCCCUGACUCACAUUUAAAGCGAAAAUUGUCCAAUCGAGCAAUGUUUGAUGCUCUUGAAGAGAAUAAAGAAAAAGAAAAAUCAAAUGUAACACGAAUAGUUUCUAAGCUUAGAUCGUGGAACAGCAUGCCAAAUCUAGUUAAUAAUUGUCCAAAAAUACGAAAUAGAUCUUAUACAACCAACACGAGUCCGUCUACGCCAUUGAAUAUGAAUAAACAAAAACAACUGAAGCCUGUCAAGUCUGUAAAUAGCAAACAUAUUUUAAUAGACUGUAAUAUUAUUGAACACACACCGCCGGAGAGUACGUCACAUAAUUAUCUACAAGCAUCAGCCAGUUGUAGUAAACCACAUAGUUUGGGAUCAUCAGGUCCUGAAUUUAGCCUGCUUGGCACAAUUGCUGGGAUAUCGGGUGAAAAAGACAUAAGAAAUCUGCCAAAAAAGACUUUUAUUGAAGAUGGUGGAUUGAGUGUAAUGCCAAUGGCAACCGGUUACUUUCCAAAACCUACUAAAGGGCAAUCGUUGACGUCCUUUUUGAUAUCAAGUGAACAGUCACGAGGUAAUGCUGAAUUAGAUCGAGAAAACGCGCAUUUUAGUAUUUGCGAAGCUGUCAUUGCCGCGUUCGAGCAGAUUAAAUCGAGCAAGGAGUUAAAAUUAUCAGAAGAACAACAAGAAGAAAGCGAUGAAGAGAUUAAUCACUUAAAACAGAGGAUACGAUUAAGAAGAAGGCAGAAAAUUGAAGAAAAACAGAGAAGAUUAUGGGCAAAUUCAUUAAGUGAUGCUAAAACUGACACAACUACUGAAGUUAGUCCUGCAUCGAUUUCGUCUUCUGGAACAUUUUCGGCAAGUAUAUCAUCAUCAGAUGAUGAUGACUACUUUCAGGUGGACGAAACCUCGAAUCUACAGGACAAUACAGGAUUGUCUAUGUCAAUGGCAUCACUUUAUUCAGAUGCGGAUAUAAUGAAACGACCCAGAGGCGUACCCGACGGUGCGUCGGACGCUUUAUCAGCGGAAGGAGUGGCGCUAUCGUUGAUUAGUAAAUUUAGUGACAAACAGUUGCCAAGAGCCUCAGAUUUAGAAUGGUUAAUAUCUGAAGAAGAAGUACCACAGGCAUUGCUCCCCCUCCCUAAAAGUUGGCCUGUAAAUCCUGAUGAAAGUGAGAAUGAAUUUUCGACUCCUUUGCGUGGAACUACCGAAUGGGCACCGCCGAGACCACAAAUUAUUUUUACAAUGCAUCCAAUGCCUUGUCGUAAGACAAUCAUGGAAAAACAAAACUACCGCUGUGCUGGAUGUGGCACACGAGUUGCGACGAAAUAUGCAGCGAAAUUUCGUUAUUGCAACUAUCUCGGUAGAUAUUUUUGUACAGGGUGUCACACGAAUCAAGUUGCGAUUAUCCCUGCUCGCGUUAUUCACCAAUGGAACUUUACUAGGUGUUCAGUAUCGUCGUUUUCUUACCGUCUGAUAGAGCAAAUGCACACGGAUCCACUAUUUAGAGUAUUUCAGCUAAAUCCAAAGAUUGGUAAACUAUCUAGAAAUAUGGAAGUUUGCAAAAAGUACCGGUUGGGAUUGAUGUACCUCAAGGAUUACAUUUUGACAUGUCGACUUGCAGAAAAUAUUCAAGAUUUGAUAAGAAGUGAAGAGUCCUACCUAAGUAGUGAUCCGGAUAUUUACUCUUUGGAGGAUUUAAUAAUGAUUAGAACUGGUGAAUUGAAGAAUAAGUUGAAAUAUAUUGUAGAGGUUUGUUGUCGCCAUACCAGUGAGUGCGAGUUAUGUUUAGCAAGAGGAUUUAUAUGUGAAAUUUGCAAAUCUGCAGAGGUUCUGUUUCCAUGGCAAAUGAAAAUUGUUUCGAGGUGUGCGCAGUGCGGCAGUUGCUUUCAUUCAAAAUGUUGGAAUAAAGUGGACGCACCAUGUGCACGAUGCUGUCGCAGGUUAAGCAACUAAUUCGAAUUUAUUGUUACAAUAUUUUUUAUAAAAAUAUUGAGCGGUUAUGCCAUGUCUCGCAGCGGGCAAGAGUAAAUAAAUUUAUAAUUGUAUAUAGAA